CCCAAAAUGUCGACAUCUUCGUUCAGCACAUCGUUCCAAAACAAAAUAAAUGAACUGGAAAAGAAGCUUAUUGCUGAGAACAAGUCUCGAGAAAGAGAUCGCGGGAGACCCAGCAUAGAACAGCCUGCUAGGAGACCAAAACCUUGUGCCUUGUCUGUUCCAGUUGAUCUUGGUGGAGGGUCGAGAUCAAGUUCUGCGCCAUCCUCAGGUAGAAGGCGACCAGGAGGCUUGGACUGCAUAAUUCCUCACAAGCAGCCAGAUGGGGUGGAAAUUGAACAAAAGUAUCAGGAGAUUAUGAAACAAACUGGAUUACUGAACAUCAACGGCCAGAAGGUUCCUACAGAGAUAACUGACCUCGAACCAUUGGGCGAACUUGGUCAUGGUACGUGCGGUCAAGUCGUGCGAAUGAGGCAUAAACAGUGCUGUGUUAUGAUGGCAGUUAAACAAAUGCGACGAUCAGGAAACAAAGAGGAAAACAAGAGGAUAAUCAUGGACUUAGAUGUAGUUUUGAAGUCACACGAUUGCCCGUAUAUUGUCCAAUGUAUAGGCACGUUUAUAACUCAGAGUGAAGUGUGGAUUUGCAUGGAGUUAAUGUCGACAUGCCUAGACAAAUUGUUAAAGAAAACAAAGCGGCCCAUUCCAGAAAAAAUACUGGGAAAAAUGGCUGUAGCUAUGGUCAGAGCGCUCCACUACCUCAAGGAAAAGCAUGGUGUCAUUCACAGAGAUGUGAAGCCAUCGAACAUUCUGUUGGAUGCCAAGGGCACAGUGAAAUUGUGUGAUUUUGGCAUCAGCGGUCGUCUUGUAGACUCGAAAGCAAAGACAAGAAGUGCAGGAUGUGCAGCAUAUAUGGCGCCUGAGCGGAUAGACCCGCCAGAUCCAACACGGCCAGACUACGAUAUCAGGGCAGACGUCUGGAGUCUCGGAAUAUCUCUGGUUGAGCUCGCUACUGGAGAAUUCCCGUAUAAGAACUGCAAGACAGACUUUGAGGUGUUAACAAAAGUUCUUCAGGAAGAGCCGCCCUUGUUGCCGGCAGAUCAAAACUUUUCUACGGAAUUUUGCUCAUUUGUUAAAGACUGCCUCACAAAAGAUUACAAACGACGACCUAAAUACAGAAAAUUACUGGAACACCCAUUUAUCAAGCUCUAUGAGACGUUGGAAGUGGAUAUUGGGACCUGGUUCCAGGAUGUCUCCGUUCAUAUCGAACCCCAUCCUCGGGACCCCCACCUCGGAGAAUGAACAUGUGAUUGUGAACAGUGAGGUUUAAAUCUCAUCCAAUUGGUGCAGAUGUCAACUUGUAAACCUCAUCAACAUUGGCUUUUCUGCCCUGUGAUCUAUGUUACAAGCAUUCUGAUUGGUCUGAUUUGAUAGAAUCUCAGACAUGAGAUUUGAUUGGAGAGUUUGAAUUGUAUGCAUAAUUAAAUUGACCAAUCAUGGUAACUUGGAUGUUUCUUAUCUGCAGGUUUAGAUAAGAUGAAAAUUAUUCAUAUAUAAGAUCAUGAAAACUGUACGAAAGACUGUGUCAUUUUAUUGAAACGCUUUCAUUUCAAACUUGUCAGUUUCAUAAGUCAAGAUAUAUUUUCAAACUUGUCAGUUUUAUAAGUUGAGAUAUUUUCAAACAUAUUUUCAAACUUUUCAGUUUUAUUUGUCAAGAUAUUUUCAAACUUAUUUUCAAACUUGAUAGUUUUAUAACUCAUGAUAUUUUCAAACUUGUCAGGGUUAUAAGUCAAGGUAUUGUCAGUAGUAGUGGUGUCAUUAUCGUCAUGCAAACAAGAUUGAGGCUUUUGAAACAGUCAUAUGAAACUUGGUGCACAUGUGCCAGGAAACAAUCCUUAGAUGUGUAGCGAAGCUCAUAACUCUUGUUGUAGAAGUUGUCCAGUUAUUCCCCUUGUUUGCGCGGGGACAAAUAUCAAAGAAGCGUUGCUGUUUGCUCAGCGUUGAUCUUGUCUGUGAAUUAUUGGAAAGCAUUAUUAUACUGAUAUUUUUUGAAGUAUGUUAAGUUGUCCCUUAGUGACUAUUGGCAUUAUUUGUCUCGAUUCUAAGUUUCCAGUUAAAGCUGCACUCUCACACAUUGUCAGUUUUGACAUUAUUUUUUUUCAGUCUCAGAAUCAGCUGAUAUUAAUUUCAAUGCCUUUAAUUCAGUAAUUUAAGAUAACUUACAAUAGAACAAAUCUCAAUUGUUUGUGAAGCUGCCGAUAAUUUCAUUUUCUUAAAGCGUUUGUAACAUUAUUAGCCAUAACAUAUCAAUUUUUGAACAUAAAUAUGAAAAACUGCGAUCUCAUCUUUAGUCAGCAGUCUUAUAUCAAUGGUUGUCAGACAUUUACACACAAAAAUUGGUUCAUUCCAAGACAAAAUUUUUAAUAGUCGUCAAAAUGGUCAAUCUGUGAGAGUGCAGUUUUAAAGCUGCACUCCCACAGUUUGAAUGAUUUGACAACUUUUUUUUAAUAUUUGUCUAGGAACAAGCCAUUUUAUUUGAAAAUAUGUGGAAACCAGUGAGUCAGCAGUCUUAUAUCAAUGGCUGUCAGACACUAAAGCAAAAAUUGGUUCAUUCCAAGAAUAGAAAUAAAAAUGUCAAUAUGGUCAAUCUGUGAGAGUGCAGCUUUAAGGAAAGGUAUUCAAUGAACAAACGAGCUUUUUAUAUUAUUAAGUCAUUGGCAAUGAUGUUGAAUCUUGAUACUUGGUGACCCUUUGCAAUUUUGUUAUCAUUUGGUAUCAUUUAAAUGACUCUGCCGCCAUUUUGCCAAUUUUCCAAGAAGCGCUAAGCACGUUUCAUGGAUUCGCAAAAUAGCAGCCGAGUGUUCAAACUGCAUGAGCACACGAAGCAUUUUAAUAUUUUUUUUAAGAUGCACUCUUAUUAUUGUUUAAUUUACUGAAAAGAAUGAAUAGAUAUCGGAAACAGUGGUUCUAAGGAUGGAGUACAUGUUUAUUUUGAAGGAAUGGUACAGAAAACAUGGUAUUUCUAACGUACAAGACGAAAAUUGUUAACUGUAAAUCUUUUAGGACCCACCAGUCAUUUAAUAUCUGUGUGUUUUCAGCUAUUAAGUACACGGUUACAAUUUUGUUAUCAGAAAUUAAUAUUUUCCAUAAAUGCAUUAUUUAGUAAGUAGCUAAAGGUUUAUCACUAAAAGUAAGGUUUGUUACACAUGACUGUGUUUGUAUUGUUUUUAAAUAUGAGUGUAAUACUAAGAAAAACAAAGGUUCACCUGGCAUCGAAAAUUUCGCAUUAUUGUACAUCUGGUACUCUAAGCACAAUUUUGAGUUCUGAGUUACCGUAUGCUAUUUAUUAUCAAUGUUCAGUUUAUGUGAUAAAUGUUGUUUCAAACUGUAAUUAUAGAUGGGGUUUUUACUGUUUGCAAAUGAAAUUAGCAAGGUGUACUAGUACGGCCAAUCAGCUUUCAGAAGCCUGAUCAAAAUGCUGUUUUAAUGCAAUAAAGAAACUGUCAGUUUGCACUGUGCUAUAAGCAAUUUCAUUCAGUAAGGUUUUCAGCACUUUAAAAAAAGAAUAAUUUAAGGCCUCAAACUAAUUGGCCGGUGGUGUGAAACCAAUGCAAAGUUGCUCUGCCGUUGUAAAAGCCCGCCCCUUGGUAUUAAAUUCAGGGAUGUGUCUGCAGAUUUCUGCGGGAGCAAUGGUUUCAGGGGCCAAAAAAGUUAACUGGAUGCUUUUGGUUGCUACUUUAUUUCUUGUAAGUAUUGCUACAAGUUUGAAGUCAGGAAAGCCCUCAUAAGGGCUUUUCAAAAGCCAUUUUUGCUUUUCCGGCAGGGUGCCUCACCCCCUUUGACCCCCAUUUGGGGCAUAAAAGGCUACAUAAACCCAUCCCUGCUAUUAUGGUUUCAGUCCUUCAGCAGCAAGGUCUUUAGCUAGGUCACUGAAUGAAGUUACACGUUGAUUACCUGAAAGAAUCGCAAUAGCUGAUGGUGGCAGUCGGCUUUCUUAUAUGUUCGAAGUCAAUAUGUUAUAGGCUAUUGAUAUUGCCUUUGAUUCUAAAUUGACUUGGUGUAUUUGGGCGAAGCUAAAGCCACAAUCAUUCAAUGCUCCAAAAACAAAUGCUAAUUUCAUUUGCAAACAGUAGUAUAAAUAUUUUAUUUACCAUUGUGCUUAGUUAAAAGUAUCGUUUGUGUUCUUGUGUAAAUAAAUACUAUUUUGGGAAGAAAAAAACAUGAUUACUUCUCUUUUGUUUCAGUUUUUUUGAAAACAUAAGGUUUGCAUAUUUUAUUGUUGUUUUAUCAACAUUAAGCAUUAUUUAAUAAGGCAUAAUAAUUUUAUUUUUUUAAAUAUAGUUUACUGAAUGUCCUUAAUUUUUCCAACAUCACUGGACUAAUUUAUUCUGGCUGUAAAAUUAUUCUCUUUUUGGGUAUACCAUGGUCAAAUAUUCAGUGCUUCAGCUAGGCCUUAAUAGCCCUUUCUUGGCACACUGCUGCCUUUUUACUCCACCCUGCUAUGCCCUUUUGUUUGACAGAGUCAAUUUUCAGAAAUAAGCAUAAAAAAAUAAAUAUACAUAAUUUUGAUACUAAGUAAGGAUAACAGCUAAGGAAUAACAAAAUAUUUAAUAAUUAAACAUUGGUCCUUGCAAGGCUUAUUCACAUAUUCAGUGCGCAUCAAAAGUGCCCUUUUUGGCCUAGCACCCUGCCCUUUCCAAAUUCUGGCUGGAGCCCUUAAUAUAAGCACAAUCCCUGCACUGGUAAAAUGCUUACCAGGCUUGCUCAAAUUCUGGAUUUCAUAUAGCGGGCUUGUUGAAUAUUUUAUAUGGCAAGCAAAUAUGUUAGAAUUAAGUCUUGUUCAUGCAAAAGUCAAAUUUUUAUGACUGUUAUAUCUAUUUGGGUCUUAUUUUUGGUCCUGGCAUGAAGUAUAGAUGUACUUUUUUUAAAGACCGCUCUCAUUAUCUGAAGGUUUAUUAAAAGAUGAAGUCCAUACACUUAUAUGGGAAGUAAAUAGUUAUUAUCAGAGAUUAAUUUGAACCUGUAUUCACUAUGUCUGUUUCUUGAAGUAAAAAGCCCAGGUAUAUUCAUAACCUUUGUGUUUGAGUUCGCUUAGUGGUUUAUUACCUUGACGAAGGUGAAAAUAUUCAAAGAAUACGUUAUAAGGGAUAUUAAUUAUAUACAAUACCUCACACCUCUCUAUUUUUGUAACGUAAUUCCCCUGAACGGCGCACAAUUAUGAAUAUAGUUUGAUGUAAAAAAAAACACCUUUUUUUUUUAAUUUUAAUGCUUCAUCUGAAUAUGUUUUAACUCAUUUUACUUUAAUGAUAAAAACAAAAACAAUAUGAUUUAAUUACAGAUAAAAAGUUAUUAGCCUUUAGAAGUGAGGUUUUUUUAAAUGAAUACCAUAGCUGCAAGGGACUGGCCACAAAUUACUUAGAGCUAUUCCAUUUAGACAUAAACCCCUGACGAAAGGCACUUUUAAAUUAUGCCCCCCCCCCCACAGAAGCAAAUUUACCCGUUUGGCGUCCAAAUUGGAAAAAAGACACCCACCCAUAUACUAUUUAAUAAUGGCCUUCCACCUGUGGAUUAUGUUUUAUUGGAAUAGCCCUUAGUUAAAAUAGCGCACAAACAUUGCUAAUACUUUUUUAUGGAAUGAAAUACAAGACAGAUGCGUGUAAGUGUCUACAUAACGUGUUCUUGUUUAACAUUCAUUUACUUAGCCAUUUUAUGAAUUGUCGAGUCAUCCUUACAUUUGGUCUUGAAUAUUGACUGUGUUGUUUCAUAUAAAAAUGUUAUUGAAUUGAUGAAAAAUAAAAUGUUGAAUAUUGGA